AUGUCAACCCCUCUUUCCUACGGAGCGAGGUCAGUGAAUCCUCGUCUGCUUAGCUUCGACCGUUGAACCCACUGGAGCUGAUUCCUCCCUCGACGACGAUGACGUGUAUGCGCUUCCCCCUCCUCGUCUUGGGGUUCGCCGCGCCCAGUCUGCCGGAUUCUAUCCCGCUCGUCAAUGCGCAUACGGAGGCGUGGAUCGCGCUUUUGCCGGCGCUGUCGAGUUAUCUUGCUAGUCGAGCUCAGUGAGUACUUUGUCUACGCUGUACGAGUGAGAAACGGGACGUCCGUCCCCCUCCCCACUUGUGGCAGGAGCUUCGCUCGAUAGCCAUCAUCCGCAACGCGAGAUAUUUAACCUCAUCGUACCUCCGUCUUCCAUCCCAGACUCGAAAGGGACUACUCGACCAAACUAUCCUCCCAUCUCGGCAAGCUACGCCAAGCCGUCGCCGUCGAAUCCUCGACCCGUUCCGGACCCGGUUCCGAGCAAUUAUCCGGCUUGGAGAAAGCUUGGAGUGGGUUCUUGGAAGCGGAAGACUUGAAAGUUAGGGAAAGGUUCGGGUUGGGGGAUAGGUUGGAUAGAGGGGGAGUGGCGGUUGGAGGAGGUGGGGGUAUGGGACCGGUCGGAUUGGGGAAGAAGGCGGAGGAGUUAGGUAACAGGUUGGAGAAGGGGAGAAAAAAGGUCGGUCAGAUGUGAACGUUUCAUUGAUCUAGGAUCUGAGAAGCUGAACAUUCCGAGUUUCCGGAAACGUUGGCCCCUACCCUCAGCAAGAAGCUUUCGCGAGUAAAUUGCUCGCCGAACGCGAUCAGACCUUUUCGAACCGCGAGAAAGCACGUUCGACCUAUUUCACCGCCUGCGAGAACCUCGAAGCCGCUCGAGCUAAAAAGGCCUCGGGCAAAUCCAACACGGACAAAUACGAGAAAGCCUACUUCGUCGCCUUGGAAGAGAUGGGGAUCGCGAAAGAUCGUUAUCUUUUGGAUACGCAAUUGGCGAACGAGGCGAACGAGAGGCUGUACAAGGUCGAUUUACCGGCGCUGCAUGAUGGCUUUCAGAGGAUUGAAAGGGUCGCUUUGGAGGCUUUCAAAGCCAACUUGUUGGACGUCGUUGAAGUCGAACGGACCUCGUUGAGGACGAUCGAAGCGAAUUUGGAUAACGCCAAAAAGGUUGUGGAGGAGAUCCAAGCCGAUCAAGAACAGACGAGGUUCGUCGAACGACAUCAACGCGACCGGAGCAUGGGAUGGGAACUACCCCCUUUGCUGAAGUGGGAGGAAUGCCCCAUUUGGCACGAUACGGACGCGUUCGACCUCGGCGACGGCUCGGUCACUUUUCUGUUGAAUGUCAAGAUGAAGGAUGAGGCGAGGCUGGGGGAGCUGGGACCCGGGAUAGAGGCGAAGAAGAGGGAGAUCGAGGGCUUGAGUCAGUUGGCCGAUGCGUAUGGGAGGGAUCCGAAAUUGGGGGACGCGGGGGCCGUACUGGAGGUGAGUUUACGAAGAGACAUGUUUUGUCCAGGAAGCGUCAGGCUGACCUCUAUGUCCCUCACUUAGAACUACUUUGAAGCAACCCGGGAAACGACCCUCUUACAAAUCCAACAGGCCCAUCUCCAAGCCGAACUCCGCCUCCUCACCGAGGCCUUGGGCGAUCUCUCGACCACCACCUUGAAAGCACACGACUUCAAAUCCCAUUCUUUCGUCACGCCUUCCGCCUGUGCAGUCUGUGGACACUCGGUCUGGGGAAAGGGCUUGAGUUGCAAGACAUGCGGGAAGAAUGUGCAUCAAAAGUGUGAGUUGAAGGUUCCGGGUGGGUGUGGGAUGGAUGGUGGUGGUGCUGUGGGUGGGAGUAGGAGCUCGAGAUUAUCAAUGGGGAAUGCAUCGGUACUGUCGACGAGUACGGGGUCGUCAACGGGUUUGGAAAGGACGACCAGUCGGACCGAGUCGAUCGCGACGAACUCAGCAACGGGCGCCGGACCACCGAGGAGGACCAUUCCACCACCCAUCACAUCAUCUUCUACACCCUACACAUCUACCACAGCCACAUCCUCAUCUUCAGCGCCUUCAGCAAGUAUGGCCUACGCCUACGCCGCCCAAACGGCCUUCGAACUCUCCGUCCAAGAAGGCGAUCCCGUCGAGGUGGUUGAGGGGGUUGAUGAGGCGGGGUGGGUGAAUGUUCGGACGAGGGAUGGCAGGCAGGGUUUAGUGCCGGAGAGUUAUUUGACGAUGGUCGAGGGGACGACAUCUCCAACGUCGGUGCCGAGCGGGGAUGGAGGUCGUGGAGGUGGUGGGGAGCUCGUCACGGCGCUUUACGCCUACGCAGCGCAGACAAGCGAGGAACAUUCGUUCGAGCAGGGCGAACAACUGGAGUUGACGGCUGACGUAGGGAGGAAUGCAGGGGAAGGGUGGGCAGAGGUGUGGAAGGAGGGGAGGAAAGGGUUGGUGCCGCUUUCUUAUGUGAGUUGUUCUCGAAGGGGAGAGGGAGAGCUUGAGUGA